AUGGACUUACUAAUGGAAUGGCCCAAGUUUUUCAAACUUAUCGCAAAGUGGGCCUUUCACAAGAUCCGGCAGUACCGUCUGUCAACUGGUCACACUAUAGUGUUGGACACCAACUACGGAAAAGUAUGUGGCCUCCAAAGGAAGACGGUCUACGAUCCCCCGGAACCCUGGCAGGGAGUCCUCAAGUGUACCUACAAUAGAUCCAAGCCCCUGCAGCGGAACAUGACUCUCGGAUUUGUGGAGGGCAGUGAGGAUUGUCUGCAUCUAAAUAUAUAUGUGAAAACCCUGAUAUCGGACCAGAAGCUACCCGUCAUCGUGUGGAUAUACGGAGGCGGAUUUCAGAAGGGAGAGGCCUCCCGCGACAUCUACAGUCCUGACUAUUUCAUGAAGAAGCCGGUGGUGUUAAUUACCUUUAACUACAGGCUGGGAGCAUUAGGCUUCCUUAGUUUUAAGGAUCCGCAAUUAAACAUUCCAGGAAAUGCAGGACUCAAGGACCAAGUUCAGGCACUCCGAUGGAUCAGCCAGAACAUUGCCCACUUUAAUGGUGAUCCCAGCAACAUCACCCUUGCGGGAGGAAGCGCCGGUGCAUCAUGCGUUGACAUGUUGAUGACCACGGAACAGACACGAGGUCUGUUCCACAAGGCAAUCCUGCAAUCGGGAUGUGCACUGAGUGAAUGGGUGACUAAUCCGCAGUCGAACUGGGGUCUUCGGUUGGCCCAGAAUAUGGGCUAUAGAGGCGGCGAGCAGGAUGUAGAUGUUUUCCGCUUUCUUAAACAAUUUUCCUCCUAUGAGAUAGCUUCCUGUGAUCAGAACAUCGUCACUGAGGAUGAGGUACGGAGCUUUCUACUAUAUGCCUUUGGUCCGGUGGUGGAGCCUUAUGAGACAGACCAUUGUGUGGUGCCCAGGAGACAUAAGGAUCAGCUACCAGAGGCCUGGGGUAACCAUAUACCCAUAAUAAUGGGAGGAAACUCAUUUGAGGGGCUGUUCUGCUACCAGAUGACGAGGGAUGAUCUCUGGUUUCUUAGGAACUUCCACAAUAUCCUGCCGCGAGAAGUGAGUGCAUCGUGCACCACGGAAGAACGGGAUCUACUCGUGCGACGCAUCAAAAAGCACUACUUCAGCAAUGAGGAGCAGCAAGCUAUGGGUUUGUUCGAGGCACUGAAUAUCUGCUCCCAUCGGCAGAUAUGGCACGAUAUGCACCGCCUGGUUCUAGCUCGCAGGACCUACGCCCCCGAAACUCCCACAUAUCUCUACCGAUUCGGUGUCGAUUCUCCGCACUUUCAUCAGUUCCGCUGGAUAGUCUGCGGCGACUUUUUUCGUGGAGCGUGCCAUGCCGACGAGCUGUCGUACCUCUUUUAUACGGUACUGGCUACACACCUUGAUAAAUCUUCGGAAGAGUACCAGACCAUCGAGCGUAUGGUGGGCAUGUGGACAUCGUUUGCAGGGACUGGAAAUCCCAAUUGUCGGGAAAUAGGAGAUGCCAAGUGGGAGCCUCUCCAGCGGAUGGAAAGCGGAGUGGAGCGGUGCUUCAACAUCAGCCAAGAGCUGGACAUGAGGGUACUGCCAGAGGCUGACUCGAUGGCAAUGUGGGACUCUUUGUAUCCCAAUGAGGCUCUCUUUUAGUGUUUAAAGCAAAACCGAUAUCUUAACAAAGAAAUUAUGUAUGACAGAU